AUGGUUAGGAAGAAGGAAAUAGGUGAAAGAAAGACCAAAAGUAGUGGGAAGAAACUAUGCAAAUUCCAAGACUCUCUCAAAUGUGGUAUAUGUGGUCAAAAAGAUCAUAAUUCAUUAAUUUGCCAUAGACAUAAGCCACCAAAUGCUAAAACCUAUGGCACUAAGAAGAGUAAGGCCAAAGCAGUUGCUGGAUCAUUCACACGAGCAACCAAAGCUAAUACUUAUGAAGCUGAGAUGAAGAGAAAGAACUUCAUGAGAAAAAAGGCAAAACAAAGAGCUGCAAAGCUGAAGGAAAAGAGAGACAAGAAGAAAGUUGAAGAUGGUUUAACAAGAGCAACUGAUUCAAGCAAUCAAAAUGGCUUGGUGAGGAAGAGGGUGAAGUGCACAAAGACAACAUGUAGUAACUGUGCUUAUGUCCAAGAAUCACAAAAUGGACAGUAG